AUGAUCCCCAAAUCUAGUCCAGAGAAAGACGCCGAUCUGGGCAUAACAAAACACCUUUGCGCAUGGGUGAAUCAACUUUCUUUGAAUGACAUCCCAGAGGACGUGCGGACCCGAGCCAAGUACUUGAUACUUGAUGGCUUUGGCUGUGCAAUCGUGGGAGCGCAUCUCCCUUGGACCGAGAAAGCCGCCGAAGCAAUCUUCGAAAUGGAAUCUCCGGGUGAUUGUGUUGUUUGGGGAUACGAGAAGAAACUUGGGCCCCUACCCGCGGCAUUGUUGAAUAGUACAGAAGUCCAGGGUUUUGAACUGGAUGAUUGGCAUUCGUUGGCUCCAUUGCACUCGAACUCAAUCCUGCUACCCGCCCUUCUGGCCGCUACUAGCCACCAGAGAGCUAAAGGCGCACCGCCGUUCAAUGGUGCAUCCUUGUUGCUUUCAACGAUUGUUGGCUAUGAGACGGGACCUCGAGUUGGCCUGUGCCUACAUGGUAGUCACAUGCUGACGAGGGGAUGGCACUCAGGCGUCGUCUUCGGCCACGCUGCUUCCGCAGCUGCUGUCAGUAAGGUGCUUGGACUUCCUCCGCAUGCUAUCGAAGAUGCCCUGGGUAUUUCAUGUACCCAAGCGUGUGGACUGAUGUCUGCCCAAUUCGGUAGCGACGUGAAACGCAUGCAGCACGGUUUUGCUGCACGAAACGGACUAUUCGCCGCUCUCCUGGCAAAGGGUGGGUAUACCGGUAUAAAGGAGGUUUUCGAGGAACCGUAUGGUGGAUUCUUAGCUGCAUUCGGGCAGGGAUCUGGGAAAGAGCCUCCGCACUUGGCUGAUGAACUAGUCAAGGGACUGGGUCAAACAUGGCAGUUAGAAUCGAUUCGCGUCAAACCUCACGCUUCUAUGGCAGGAACACACUGCACUAUUGAUACGGUCGAAGUACUACAAAAGAAGCACCCGGCAAAGUUGAGCAAUCUCACCAAUAUUACGUGCAUCAAGAUUGAGAUGGCUGAAGCAGCUUUUAAACAUGGAGGAUGGAAGGCACGCCGACCCUUAACAGCGACGGGGGCACAAAUGAGUUGUGCUUAUGCCGCGGCAGUCCAACUCGUCGAUACCCAGGUAUCACCACAGGAAUUCCAGCAUGGUUUGAUUGAUCGGGAUUCCAUCUGGGCCUUAGUUGACAAGACGGAGUGUGUGCACUCGCCAGAACUCGGCGGGAAGUUCGAGCAGAAGGUUACGAUCACUUUCGCAGAUGGGGACAUCAUUUCCGAGACUGUGAAUGCGCCCAGAGGCGUCAAUCCUCCUUUAUCUAAUCAAGAAAUCUUGGAAAAGUUCAGGAAUUUCACGAAAGGCUUGAUCGAUGACAAAAGACGGGAGAUGAUUGAGAAGUUAGUUUUGGACAUGGAGAACCUACAAGAUAUCUCUAUCCUCGACGAGUUGCUGGCUAGCCCACAGUUGCAUCUCGAUUUAGCUUAA